UGUAUGUUUUCGUGGAGGUCGGUUAAUGGUAAGCGAAAAACACGAAGGGCAAAAAUGAGGAAAAUGAUUUUUGAAGCGGACAAACUGAGCUCUCAGGGGAGACAUUUUCGCGGAACUUUGAUCGUCAAGAGGAGAGGAGCGAUCCAAAGUAGGCGUGUAAGAUGGAAUGAGGAGAGUUUGGUAGAAAUUGAAGCAAACAAACCUGCAAGGCAGAAAAUAAUUGAACCCAAGACACCGUACCAUCCCAUGAUUGAUGAUGAUGAUGGGUCUUUGUCUCCUGUAGGGCAUGGUUUCAAUGAUUGUAUCGGUGAUGCUAUGGAUGCAGAGGAGUUGCGCUCUGCUUUGAAGGAUGUGGCUUCCUCGAGCAAAAAAACAAUUGGGCAGUCUAGUGGUUGGACAUCUUCUGAUGAUGAUGGUGAUCCUAUGGAAGAAGAUGGGAGUGGUAUGAGUUUUAAGGAGCAUAGAAAAGCACACUAUAAUGAGUUUUUGAAGAUAAAGGAACUACGACAAAAAGGCUCCUUCCUUGAGGACGAAGGUGAUGAUGUGGAGGGUGAUUCGUCUUCAUCAUUAAGGUCUGGUGCCAAAGGCAAAGAAAAAGAGGAAGGCAGUGCAACUUUGCCUCAAAGAUCUUCUGCAGGACCAGCUAAUGGAUUGUAGAAGUCAUCUGUACCAUGUCUGAGAUGUUCAGGCCGACUCUUUUGACAUCCUUUUUGUGGUAGUUUGAUGCUAUUUUGGUGCCAAAGAAAAAGAAAAUAUAGGUUACGUAAUUUUUUAUCCCUUUUUGACUUAAAAAUUGUACAUCAUAUUCCCUAGUUUGGCAUGUUUGUAUUGAGUAUUGUGUUACCUCCUAACAUUUUUAUGUUAUUAUUUACUUUGAAGAAAAAGGUAUUGUUAACUACAAGCAAAGUAUGGGAAUCUUUGUUCCAUCAAUUAAAUGAGAUUAUCCUGUAAUAUAUGCAGUUCACCUAUUGUUGCACCAGAUUGAAAUGUAGCUCAUGGUUUAAAUGAAGAAAUAUUUCUCAAGGGAUUGUUAAUUUUGUGGA